CUGCCGGGCAACAUGGCGGACGCGGAAGAAGUACUUAUUUUACCGAAGAAGCAUAAGAAGAAAAAGGAGCGGAAAUCAUUACCAGAAGAAGAUGUGGCUGAAAUACAGCAUGCUGAAGAGUUUCUCAUCAAACCUGAAUCCAAAGUGGCUCAGUUGGACACAUCUCAGUGGCCCCUGUUGCUAAAGAAUUUUGACAAGCUAAAUGUAAGGACGACACAUUACACUCCUCUUCCUUGUGGUUCGAAUCCUCUGAAGAGGGAGAUCGGGGACUAUAUCAGGACAGGCUUCAUCAACCUUGACAAGCCCUCCAACCCCUCCUCACAUGAGGUGGUAGCCUGGAUUCGACGGAUCCUUCGGGUGGAGAAGACGGGCCACAGCGGGACCCUGGAUCCCAAGGUGACCGGCUGUUUAAUAGUGUGCAUUGAACGAGCCACCCGCUUGGUGAAGUCCCAGCAGAGCGCAGGCAAAGAGUACGUGGGGAUUGUCCGGCUGCACAAUGCUAUCGAAGGGGGGACUCAGCUCUCUAGGGCCCUGGAAACCCUGACCGGUGCCCUGUUCCAGCGCCCCCCACUCAUUGCUGCAGUGAAGAGACAGCUGCGGGUGCGGACAGUCUACGAGAGCAAGAUGAUUGAGUUCGACCCCGAGAGGAGACUAGGCAUCUUCUGGGUGAGUUGUGAGGCCGGCACUUACAUCCGGACGCUGUGCGUACACCUUGGUUUGCUGCUGGGCGUUGGCGGGCAGAUGCAGGAACUUCGGCGAGUUCGGUCUGGAGUCAUGAGUGAAAAGGACCACAUGGUGACGAUGCAUGAUGUGCUUGACGCCCAGUGGCUGUACGACAACCACAAGGAUGAGAGUUACCUGCGGCGAGUUGUCUACCCUUUGGAAAAGCUAUUGACAUCUCAUAAGCGGCUGGUCAUGAAAGACAGUGCGGUCAAUGCCAUCUGCUACGGGGCGAAGAUCAUGCUGCCGGGCGUCCUCCGGUACGAGGACGGCAUCGAGGUCAACCAGGAGAUCGUGGUCAUCACCACCAAAGGGGAGGCCAUCUGCAUGGCUGUCGCGUUAAUGACCACGGCGGUGAUCUCCACCUGCGACCACGGCGUGGUCGCCAAGAUCAAGAGGGUGAUCAUGGAGAGGGACACGUACCCUCGGAAGUGGGGCUUAGGUCCCAAAGCGAGUCAGAAGAGGCUGAUGAUCAAGCAGGGCCUUUUGGACAAGCACGGCAAGCCCACCGACAGCACGCCCGCCGCCUGGACGCAGGACUAUGUGGACUACAGUGAUCCUGCGAAGAAGGAGGCGGCGGCCAAAGCCGUGAAAGCCCCACCGGCAGUGGCUGAAGCAGCAAAAGCCCCACAGCUGGUGGCUGAAGCAGCAAAAACCCCAAAGCGGAAGCGGGAGAGCGAAAGUGAUGAAACCUCCCCAGCGGCUGCUCAGCUGCCGAAGAAGGAGAAGAAGAAGAAGAAGGACAAGAAGCCCAAGGCUGCUCCCGAGGGCGCAGCCGAGCCGGGAGAUGGGGACAGUGACACCACCAAAAAGAAAAAGAAAAAGAAGAAAAUAAAAGUGGAAGUGGUUUCUGAGUAGUGGAUGGAGAAAUUAAAGCCUUAUUGAGAA